AUGGACGCGGACAACAUUCACUUCGCGCAGGCAAAAGAGGCCUCGGAGCAAAUGGUGCUCCGCGAGCUUCAUGAGCAUGUGUUCUCAUCGCCAACCCAGCUCAUGACGCACUUCCUUGAUGUUUCUCAUGAUGUUACAAAAACCAAUCUGGACAUCGACAAUCUCAAGGGCAUCUUCAAAAACAAAGCUUGGAGUGAUCUUCCUGCUAUCAUGAAGCUAAAGGGCAAUCCCAGUUUUGACUACAAGACGCAAUACUUCAUUCAGGAGCAGUCCAACGGCAACUACACGAUUAUCAAGCAUGUCUACUUGACAAAGCAGCGGUUUGCAAUUCAGGCAGUUCUCGCUCUGUCGAAGAAAAGGCUUGUAGCAUCAUCUGCUAUGGGCGCAACCUCUACCGAAGAUGACCAAGAUGCGGGAUGGGACUUUAUCUUGGAACACGGAGAGCGUGACAGAAGUCAGUUGAAGCAGCUCCGAUGGAUUCACAAGAACAUCAACAGAGACGGCUCCCCCAUUCGUGGUUGGUCUGAAAAGCUUGUGCAGAAGGCAUUGGACCCGCUGACAAAUGACAACUGUUUAGCGAAACUCAUCACAAGAUACGACCUUACCGUGCAGGACCUUCACCCGACCUUUGUGGAGAAUAUAUUUCAAGACGCAGUUGGCUUCCUGCUGGACCACAGCCUCUGGCUAAUGGGCCAACUCCGUGUCAUCAUCGACAAGUCCUAUGCCAACCUGGAAGUUGCCAGCCCAAAGGACAAAGCGACCUUCGACAAGCGCGAUAUCUCCAACGAGCUGGACUUCAAACAUCUCAUGAAGAACAAGAAGACUGCCAUCAUGUGGGAGCAAUGGGCUGGGUGUAUUCAGAGAGGACAUCCACAGUCAUUGGUUUUGCAGAGACUUACUCCCAAGGUCACCGUGAAGAGAGCCCCCGGCCCAGGUGCUAUCCGUCGUGUAGAGUGGAAACAAAUCGGCACGAAGCUGUUGAAAGAUCGUAACGUUGUGUUACAAACCGAUUCAGCAAAUUCAUACAAACUCGUCAUACCCGGAGUCAUUCAUGAUCGCGUGGUCCAUUGCCGCAAGCGCGUUAAGCAGAACGGGAAGUACACCUGGAUGCAUCCUAAGUACGUUUCCAUUGUGAAGCACACCCUGCCGAAGAGCAAGAAGAUUUUGUCUGUGAAAUCGGGCACUCAAGUGAUUGACAGAUGUUGGCGGUUUUUGAAAGACCAUAUCCAGAUCAACCAGCACAGCAAAGCUGGUUCGCGUUUGCUUCGGGCUAAGCUUAGAGCAGCGCAAUAUGAAUAUUGGUACCGCAACACAGACUUGUGGCUCAAGUGCCGUGAAUUGUGUGCCGACCACAUGAAACUGUUCAUGUAA